AUGGCAGAACACAAUGAAAUAUUGUUGAAAAAAAUUCAGGAGCAGGGAGAUUUAGUGAGAAAGCUGAAAGCAGAAAAGGAAUCAUCCGAGAAGGUUAUAAACGAGUAUUCUAUUCAAGAUCUCGGUGAAUUUGACAAAUAUAUCUCCCAGUACAGCUAUAUCAAUGGUUAUACGCCUAGUAAAUUAGAUUUCGAAGUUUAUAAUAAUCUAAAAAACGUAGAUUUAAUGAGAUAUCCGUACGUUAAGCGUUGGUGGUGCCAUAUGAGGAGUUUCAGCAACUCUGAAAUAACGCAACUUCCUUUUAUGAAACCUCCAGAUGCUGUAAAAUUAAUUUUAAAUACCAACCAGAACCGUGACCAAAAGAUUAAAGAAGAAGUCGCUAAGUUAUUGGCUUUAAAAGCCCAGCUCACCAAUGAUGCGCCGCCACAAAAAUUUGUUCUCAAGACACCUAAAGGUACGAGGGACUAUAACCCACAACAGAUGGCCAUAAGGAAUAGCGUUCUGCAAAAAAUUAUAUCAGUAUUCAAGAAACAUGGCGCAGAAUGUAUUGAUACCCCUGUCUUUGAGUUGAAGGAAGUAUUAACCGGCAAAUACGGCGAAGACUCCAAGUUGAUUUAUGAUUUGAAAGAUCAAGGCGGUGAGAUUCUUUCAUUGAGGUACGACCUUACAGUCCCACUAGCGAGAUAUCUGGCUAUGAAUAAGAUUAAUAACUUGAAGAGGUAUCACAUUGCUAAAGUAUAUAGAAGAGAUAAUCCAGCCAUGACGAGGGGUAGAUAUAGGGAGUUUUAUCAAUGUGAUUUUGAUAUAGCCGGCCAGUUUGACCCGAUGGUGCCUGACGCAGAAUGUCUUAAAGUUGUUACCGAGAUAUUGGACUCUUUGGAUAUUGGAAAGUACAUACUGAAAGUGAAUCACAGAUGUUUAUUGGAUGGUAUGUUUGAAGCUUGUGGUGUACCGGCAGAGCAGUUCCGCUCUACAUGUUCUACGAUAGAUAAACUUGAUAAGUCACCAUGGCAAGAGGUGCGUACGGAAAUGAUCAAUGAGAAAGGCGUUACACCGGAAGCAGCUGAUCGUAUCGGGGAAUACGUAAGGUUGAACGGAAGUACGGAACUUGUGGAUAAAUUGCUUCAAGAUGAAAAACUAUCGAAGUCUAAAAGCGCGGUAGAAGGUUUACAAGGGAUUAAAUUGUUGUUAGAGUAUUGUGAGCUCUAUGGUAUAAAGGAUAAGGUGCUGUUUGAUCUGAGCCUUGCUAGAGGUCUGGAUUACUAUACUGGCAUUAUAUAUGAAGCUGUUUUGACCGAACCGAUCAAGAUUGGUGGUGAAGAGCAAAGUGUUGGCUCGAUAGCUGGCGGGGGCAGGUAUGAUAACCUCGUCGGGAUGUUUGACACCAAAAAUAAACAGGUUCCAUGUGUUGGUAUAAGUGUGGGUGUGGAGCGAGUAUUCUCAGUACUAGAAGCUCGUUUAGCGGCUGGGGAGUUGAGUGUACGGCCUUCUGAAAUAGAUGUUUAUGUAGCAUCCGCUCAGAAAGAUUUCCUAACUACCAGAAUGAGGAUAUGCAAUGAACUGUGGGAUGCUGGUAUUAAGGCUGAACAGCCAUACAAGAAGAAUCCAAAAAUGCUAAACCAAUUGCAACAUUGCGAAGAGAAUGGUAUACCACUAGCUGUUAUAUUGGGUGAAUCGGAAUUAAAACGUGGCUUGGUUAAAAUAAGAAAUAUAGUUACGAGACAAGAAGACGAGGUACCGAGAGAUAAACUUGUUGAGGAAUUGAAGAACAGAAUAAACAUGUUGAAUAUUAAUGUCAACGGACUUGAGAAAUGA